GAGCAUAUACAUGUGUAUCGUGAAUGAAGGGCUAAGUGGAUCAAGUAUCAUGGCGGUUACAACUCAAGAUGAGAAGAAAUCCUGCUUCGAAGCGGCUUUAAAUUCAACAGGAUUCGGCAAGUACAACAUAGCAAUGCUGCUCUCCUGCUGCCUGGUGAUCCUGGGCAUGUACAUGGAUAUCUUCGGGUUCUCCAUCGUGAUGCCGGCGGUGGCUUGCGACAUGGACCUCAGCACUUCUCAGCAGGGGUUGUUGUCCGCUAUGCCGUUGAUUGGUGUGAUGUUGUCGUCAUACGCAUGGGGUCUGUGUGCGGACACCAUGGGCCGCCGCACCACACUCGUGCUGGCGAUGCCGGUCGGCGUGAUCCUCAACUUCGCAGCCAGCAUGGCGCCAACCUACACCGUUUUAGCUGUUCUGAAGUUCAUGUCUGCUAGUUUUACAUCAUCAGCAAACGCUGCCGCCUUCGUACUAAUGGGAGAGCGUACCCGGCAGGCACAGAAGCCGAUUCAUGUUCCUCAUGGCCAGCUCCACCAUGGUCGUGCAGCUUAUCAUCAGUU